CCACAUAAUCCGGCUCUUGCUCAUUCAGACGUUUGUUCAAGUUUGAGACACAAUACCGGUUUUUGUUCAGUAUCUUUUCCUCCAAUUGUUUUGUUUGCCGUCAACUGAAAGUUGCUGAUUUAAAAACUUGCAAGAAAAAAAAAAUUGAUUGCCCCCCUCCCCACCUUCCACGAUCCAGGUUUCCUUUACUAGCACGUCAUGGAUCCGUUUGACACGAGCCGUGUGCACGAUACCUCGACACACCAGUCUUCGGGACAGCCUGCCACUCCACGCAUGCUCCGGAACGUCAGUGGCUCACUAAAGAACUCUAGAACUGACAUCAACUUGAAUGAAGAUGCACAACGAGAAAGAGAAAAGGAAUUACAGCAACAAUUGAUGAAGGGAUUUCAGCAGCAGCAACAACAGCAGCAGCAGCUGCAACAGCCACCCGCCCAUCUUGUUCCGUCUGGCCACUCCAGAACCCCAAGUAUAAAUAGACUGCCGUCAGUGAACGCGCCCAAGAAGAAGCCAGAGUUGCUCCCCCCUGCUGCCAUCAACUCUCCAGAUGUACAGCCUUCACAACAGCAGCCGCAAGCGCAACAUCAACACUCACAGCAACAGAACCAACCAGCACAACAAUUCCAUCGUAAGUCCAUUGGUGACUGGGACUUCAUCAAAACGAUCGGAGCGGGAUCCAUGGGUAAAGUCAAGUUGGCACAACACAAUUCGACCGGUGAGGUGUGUGCGGUGAAGAUUGUUCCCCGUGCCGCCAAAUUGUUCCAAAGAGCUCAUGCCAAUGACCCGCCAGUACUCAACCCGCAGGCGGCUGCCCAAAGACAAAAGGAAUUUGAAAAGGAGGUUGCCCGAGAUAAAAGAACCAUCCGUGAAGCAGCCUUGGGAAGGCUCUUAUUCCAUCCGUUCAUCUGUAGACUAUAUGAAAUGGUUCCCAUGACCAACCAUUACUACAUGUUAUUUGAAUAUGUAGAAGGUGGUCAAAUGUUGGAUUACAUUGUGUCACAUGGAUCUCUCAAAGAAAAGAAUGCCCGGAAGUUUGUCCGAGGAAUUGCCCUGGCAUUAGACUACUGCCACAAGAAUAGUGUUGUUCAUAGAGAUUUGAAGAUUGAAAACAUCAUGAUCAAUCAAAAGGGAGAUAUCAAAAUUAUUGAUUUUGGAUUAUCAAACUUAUAUUCCCCUAAAACCGUCCUCAAGACAUAUUGUGGAUCCCUAUACUUUGCAGCACCUGAGUUACUUUCUGCCAAACCUUAUACCGGCCCAGAGGUUGAUAUAUGGUCAUUUGGGGUUGUCUUGUACGUGUUGGUCUGUGGGAAGGUUCCCUUUGAUGACAAAUCAGUUUCUGUAUUGCAUGAAAAGAUUAAGCGUGGGAAUGUAGAAUACCCCGAGUUUCUCUCUAAAGAAUGUGUUUCCUUACUUUCAAGAAUGCUUGUUGUGGACCCUUUGAAGAGAGCCACUUUAUAUGAGAUUAUACAACAUCCAUGGAUGAAUCGUGGGUAUGAUCAUGUACCCAGCAACUACGUGCCGAAUAGAGUUCCGUUGCAAUUACCUUUGGAUCCAGCCAUUAUCAAGAAUAUACUGUCAUUUGACUUGGGGACUGAACAAGCCAUUACCAGUGAAUUGACCAGUAUAUUAAGUAGUGUUGAAUAUCAAAUGAGUUGCGAAAAUUGGUAUAAAAUGGCAAAGCAAGGUCGAGAUUACAAUUCUGCGACUAAUGCUCAUAUCUUACCAGAUCCUACUGCGGGAUUCCAUCCGUUGAUAAGUAUUUAUUUUUUAAUUGAUGAAAUGAGAAAGAGAAAGAGAAAUAAGGAAAUGGCCUUGAGAGAAAGAGAACAAAAGCAACAGCAACAGCAACAGCAGCAACAACAACAAGAACAGACUGCUUCACUCCCACAACAACCUUUAGUCUCACCACUGGUUACAGUUCAACACACAGAUCUGAACAAGCCCCCAGCUACUCUUCAAUCACCACUUCAAUUGCCACAGCCUGUUCAACCAACGACAUCCUCGCCGUUACGAUCCCCAGAAAGAUCAUCUACACCACCUGUUGUUGCAUUACCUUUCCCGGAAGCAGCACACACCACGCAUAUCGAUGGAGGAUCCGGAACACCAAAAAACACUGGUACGGCGGAAUCCACGCUCCCAGAACAGCAACCCCAAAGUCCCAGGAAUUCUACCACCACUCCAGAAACCUUGGACCCAAAUUCUGGGAAAUCUUCUGGUUUCAAUUCCUUGCUCAGAAGAUUUUCUUCAAAGUACAAAGCACCUGCAUCUCCUGGGAAGCAAGUUUCCCUGCCAGGCUCGUCCGAAUAUAACUUCCCUAACAGCACAGGUCCUCUGCCUGGGAAGGAAGACAGACUCACUCCCCACCAAUCCAACAAUGGCGGUAGACUUGACCCAAUGGUUCGUCGUGGUGUCAGUAUGAAAAUUACUGCAAAGGAAAAGUCUUCUGGCUCAAGAGUUAAUCUUCAAGCUUCACCACAAAAAUCAACUUCAUCACCAAAGAGGGUACCACCUCCAGAAAAUUCAGCGACCACACAGAAAAAUUCCCUUACCCCCACCACAUCUCCUCCUACACUUGGUGUACCACCUACGCACGGCAGGGCUUCUUCGACGUCAGCGACUCAUCCUUCCAACAAAUUUCAUGGAUUUGUUCCUGUGGAAUAUCUUCCACCAUUGCCUAACAUUAAUACAGCGGCAUAUGUCGGUAAUAAGAUUAACAGUCAUCCUGAGAAGAAGUUGCACCCUACCGCGAGAGCUAAAUCUGUUGGUGGACAUUUACGUAAGGAAUCAUACCUGCAAAGGCCACCACGUAUUGAUACUUCAAAUACAGCACAUCAUCCUCCAUUGCCCAAUGCUUUGGCUUCUCAAAAUAGUGAUGAGAUUAUUGAUGCAUACUUUGACGACGUAACAUUGGAUGAUGAUUAUCACCACGAAGUUCCUGCAUUGACCGAAGAUCAAAUCAUUGAGCAAUUCAAUCGUGCUAUGCCUAAUAGUAUGCCUUCGAUUGAAUACCCUAAGACCUUGUUCCUCAAGGGAUUCUUCAGUGUACAAACCACAUCGACUAAACCUUUGCCGGUCAUCCGUUACAACAUUAUUAGUGUCUUGAGCAAAUUGGGAGUCAAAUUUCAAGAAGUAAAGGGUGGAUUUAUAUGUUCACAUAAUGCAUCAUUGGAAUUGGCUGCACCAAGCUCCGAUAGAAAGGAAAGAUGGGGAUCUAAUGAAGAAAAGGAAUUAUAUGGAGAUGCUUUUAAAUCGACAUCUUCUUCAAUUGAGAAGAAAAGUUCUGGAUCUGAUAGUAUAAAUCCACCUAGAAUUAAUACCCCACCAACAGAGGGAUUAUCUACGCAUAAGCCUACUCAAUCACUUGGUAGACAACCAUCGGUAAACUUUGACUCUCGUGCUCUUAGUCCUGAUGUCAAGACACAUAGAUCUAGCAACUCCAUUGGGGGUGGCAGUGGGCAUAGAAGAAAGUUUUCGAUCGGUCAGUCCAUUUUGACUUCAUACCGUAAGAAGAAUGGUUCACAAGUAGCCAUGCCUCCAAAUACCCCAGCUGCCACGAAAGUCAUUCGAUACCUGGAUGAUGCUGAAGAUGACGAUGAUGCGGAUACUUCAAGACAUUAUGGAGGCGAUGGUGAUUCUGUGGACUCCAUGAAUGGCAUGUUGAUUGGAGGCGGUAGUGAUAUGUUAGUUUCAUCCCGACUUGAACAUCGCGCCCGUCACCAGCAUUCUGCCAGUUCUGCCAGUAAUGCAAGUGCAAGCGGAGGUGGGAGUCUUUCAGCUGGAGGACAAACACCUAUAUCUUCAAGAAGACCAUCACCACUUAAGUUUGAAAUUCUCGUGGUUAAGGUUCCACUUGUAGGACUUUAUGGUGUUCAAUUUAAAAAGGUUUUUGGUAACACUUGGAACUACAAGACUUUGGCUGGAGAAAUAUUAAAUGAUUUGAAUUUAUAGGGAGGAUAUAUAUAUACAUACACAUAUAUACUUAUACAUUAGAAUAAUCCAGUAGUAUGUUAAUAAGAAGCUAUCCAAUAAAAGGCGCGGUAGA